UCUCAUACGUCAGUGUCCCUCCAUCAAAAAGUCACUACCUUUUCCCUCACUUUCUCUCCCCACUCCAUCAUUCCACUUCCCUCCCCCUCCCUCUCUCUCUCUCUCUCUGCAUAGAUCAAACUUCGAAUCUUAAAGAAGCUACAGCCUUAUAAACACAGUGAGUCAUGUGCAACAAAAACACUAUUACUGUUUCUCCAACCAAGACUAAAUCUGUUGCCAUGAAGAGAAAAAGGAAACCGACAUAUAAAAAUUCAUCUUCUUCUUUGUCAUCUUCUUCUUCAUCUUCUUCUCUUAAACCUCACAAACGCAGGAACAGAACGAAAACAAGAAAACCUAAGUAUCUUAGUCUUCGUUUACAGCUCUCACAAACUCAAACAAACCAAACACAAAGGACAACGAAACAACAGCAGCACCAACAACAACAACCAGAAUUGAAUCUCUUCGCUCACCAAUCAGAUUCCGACAUGCAAGAAGAAAACAACGUGGCUUUACUCUUCACAUCCGACGGUGGAGCAACGUUAAACGGUCUUCUAGAAGACGAAUCGACGACCCUAACGGCGACAACGGCGGAGGAGGAAGAGUCGUUAUCGGUGAUGAGGUGUCCGGCGAUGGAAGGGUUGGUAAAGAAAGCGAUGAGGAGGAAGAGAAACGACGAGGAAGAGAGAUGGGUUAGUUAUUCGGAAGUUGUGGAAGAGAAGAAGGAAAUGAUGGAGGAAGUGAAUAGUUGUGUUGGGAGUGAAACGACGUCGUUUUUGGGGUCUUUGUCUUUGAAGCUGGAUCAUGAUGGAAUAUUGAAUGCUUGGUCUGAUAAAGGAUCUCUUUAUGUUGAUGCUGCUGAUGAAGCCCCACAGACUGUUCCUGAUUUGUUUAAUGCUUCCACCAUCCUUCCCAAUGUAAUGUGGGAUGGUUAUGGGUGUGAUGUUGUUGGGAACACAUGGAAGGUACCUGAUGGUUGUGGAGCAAACAAUAACAAUGUGAAUGUGAAGGAAGAAAUGGGUUGGAAGGUUGGGCAGAGAGAGGCAAGUUUGUUGAGAUACAAAGAAAAAAGGCAAAGCAGACUCUUUGCGAAGAGGAUUCGUUACGAAGUUCGCAAGUUGAAUGCUGAAAAACGGCCUAGAAUGAAGGGACGAUUUGUGAAGAGAGAAUAAUGAGUGUAGAAUGUAAUAUUCGAGCAUUGUUCCGAAAAGGAAUUUAUUUUUCAAUUUCUAACAAAGCUUAUAAUGUUGGAGGGUUUGGACUUAGAACCCAGGUCAUGCUUCCAACACAUUGUGAAACUCAUGAAGGAAGUGAGUUGUGUGACAGUAUUAGACACUGGAAAACAAAAAGUGUAAUUAAAAUAAUUUAAAUGAAUGGACAUUCUUUAUUCU